GGUUACGUCCCCCCGCGAGGCUGGAGAAGAGAGGAGGUUCGAGGUUCUGAGCCCUGAGGGAAGUUUUGUGCUGUAUGCAGGACUACGGAGGAGGAGCGAAACUGAGUGGUGUUCGACGAUAAGACAGGCCAAGGCGCAGCUUCUGAUGUCGUUGAAUAUCACGAAUCCGAAUUCGACAGCUUACGUCUUCGUCGUCGACGAACCACAUACGGCUGUCGUUACAGGCACUACCAUUUCGCGCCUUCGGACCAUCAUUCGAAGUCUCCAGGUAAAGGAAAGAAGAAGAAUGUGAAGGCACGAAGGGGGUGGGUGGAGCAUUGGGUUCCGGCUAUUUGGAUUCCGGACGAGAAAGCAGAGGGCUGUAUGAGAUGCGGCAGGUCGUUUGGAUGGAGGCGGCGAAGACAUCAUUGCAGGAUAUGCGGGCGAUGCGUUUGUGCUACAUGUUCAGAUAGAACAUUCUUCAUCACGGAUCCUAAUUCCAAAGAAGACACGAGCAAGCCUGCUCGAGCUUGCAAUGCAUGUUAUGAAACCGUCUUUCCGCUUCUCGAUCCGCCGGAAGGAGAAGAAGAAGAACGCAACCAUGUACCGCCCGAAGCUAGCAACAAUACGAUAACCUCACUUACCAACUUCCCGUCUUGGCUGUCGAUGCCGUCAUUACCUUUAUGCUCGACGCCUGAGGCACUGAUGGCCAUUAAUAGGGACACGUCCAAACGAAGCUAUACGACCACGACUGUUGACGACGAUGAGCUCUCCCGGGACUGCGUCCGCGUCAAGUCGCCCCCUUCACGGCCGCGGAGUUACCACCAAAUUUUGGAGGACUUCCAGGGCCACGACCAUUCGCGGUUCGACCUGACGUCUCCCGUGGAGGAGGAAGGCACGACGGAGGAGGAUUCCCUUGAUACGGAGUCGUUUGCAUCGAGCAAGAGGCAUACGGUGAAUUUGACAGAGGAGCCUGUGCCUAGGAGGGAGGAUACAGCGAGGAGGAAUAAAAGGUUUUCCUUGCCUGCUGUUGCGUUGCAGACGACGAGUGUUACGACGAGGACGAUGGUUGGGGGCGGGGUGGUUGAGGGGAGUAAGUUGGCCCAUGUACAGAAGUCGACGAGGACGCAGAGGUUUUCGUUGGUGCUUGGUGGGAAGGGGAGUCAUAUGUUGCAUGGACAUGGGAGUCGGCUUUCGAAUGGUCAGCGUAGUGAGUUUGUGGGCAAGUCGAGGGUACAGGUGCAGGGUGAUGAGGGGCUGGGAAAGGGUGUAGCUGCUGGGAAGUUAAGCGAACUCUUGGGGAAGAAGGUCUAUGCGUAGAUCAUGAAGUGAUGCCGAUAACGGACUUCAUUGGGACUGCAAAUGGUUUUUUUUGGAUACCUUUCACUACCUGUUCACGAAUUAUUGAUUUUUAAGACGUAGAGUUGACGGAUUCAUGUGAUGACAGCAGUAUCAAUUGUGUAUACCAGUAAUAAUCUUAUUUUUUUGACGUUUGAAGGCCAUCCGGAUGCACAUGUCAUGGACAACAUUAAAAUGAUUGCUUUUGAAGCAAAAAGACAUAUGGAGAUAUAUGUAAAA